AGCCUCGCUCUGACUACAUGCUAGCCUCGCUUUCAUUUUUGCCGAGUUCGUGAUUCAACAGCCACGGGCAGCGAAAAAUGGAGGCGAAGGUGGGCUUGGAAAAUAAGUGUGAUAUUUCGCCUUCAAAUUGUGUUUACACAAGUUGUUACUGUGAAGAAAAUGUGUGGAAAUUAUGUGAAAGGAUAAAAGAGGAACAAGUUCUUGAUCUGGAAGAGCAUUAUGUUGUUUUUAUAUCAAACAGCAAUCGACAGAUUCCUUUAUGGAUGCAAAAAAAAGCAAGUAGUCCCUUAGAUGCAGUUGUUUGGGAUUACCAUGUGAUAUUAAUCAGGAAGACAAAGGAUAAAAGUUUUGUUUAUGACCUGGAUUCCAUUCUACCAUUUCCUUGUCCCUCUGAGCUGUACCUUGAACAAGCCAUACAGAGUGACAGAAAACUUAAAAAGCAAUUUCACAGGAAAUUCAGGAUAAUCCCCGCUCCAGUAUUUCUCCAGACAUUUGCGUCAGACAGAUCACAUAUGAGAAAGCAAAAUGGAGAAUGGCGACAAGAGCCCCCAGCAUACCCCCCUAUUAAAACUGGAGCAUCUUCAAUGAACCUUGAUUCCUUCAUCGACAUGACACCAGGCCGCGGCGAAGGAACUGUGUAUGACUUUAGAAACUUUAUACGAACCUUUCUUCUUUUCCCAGAGCCAAACAUCUAAGGGAUAUUAUAAAUUUACAGGGGAUUUAAUUCGCAAGAUUGCUUCCUGCUCUUUGUAGCAAGAAAGGUGUUAUGUAGGUGCCGACGACAGAUAAGUUUAUACAGAACUUGAAUGCAAUGAAUGGAGCAUAGUUCUCAGUUCAUACCAGCAUCCUGUGCCGAAUUUGUCAGUUGUCGUCUACGCUCCUGCUUUGUGGAGCUUUAUACUUUUCAUGACAUCUUUAUAUACUCGCGGAUUACCUUGGUUCCAAAGCCUCGAACGUCUCCCUAUUUAGUGACUAGCGCAGACAGCGCUGAAACUUCUCGGGCUUCUCGGCAUUGAGCUUCGCUGGUCACUAGACUGUUUUCACGAUGUUGCGCGCGCAUUAAAAAUUACACAGACUGGCGGGCCACCGCUGAUCUAAAAUGUGUACGAAGAGGAGUUUUUAGACAAAGCUAUAAAAGGUGCCGCCAGAGGGCUACUCUCGCGGAGUUUUGGAGUCACAUCCCCCUUUGUCCGCAUUUUGGAUGAGCAUCAAAUUGUGAAUAGACUUUUUCAACAGUUACUGUAAAUAACGAAAAUACAUUUGAAGUUAAAUAGAUAGUUUUCUUCCUGUAAAUAUUGAUUUAUAAGAUAUAUAGAGAAUUAAUAAAGCUGCAAAGCUAUGUCA